CGUCUUCUUCGACGGAGAGAGCGAGCGAGAGAGAGAGCGACAACAGAAGCAGCAACCGCAGCUCGAACGUUAGUUAUUGUAAGCUCGUUAUUGUAAACCUAUAAAAUGAUGAUUUGGUUUGAUGGGUCCAUACCUGAUGCCAUUAAUUUGGCUAAACAGAGGAAUCGUAUCUUUGUCAUCGUCAUUAUAGGUGAAGAUGAACAGUCAACAAACCUGGUGUCCAGCUGGGAGGAUGACAAUGUCUCAGAGAUGGCUCAAAAAUGCUGUGUUGCCAUUAAAGUUGACGCCAAGAGUGAUACCUGUGUGCAGUUCUCACAGAUCUAUCCAGUGGUGUGCAUUCCCUCAAGUUUCUUUAUUGGGGAGAAUGGUAUUCCUUUGGAGGUCGUUGCUGGCAGUGUGUCUGCCGCAGAACUCCAGAUUCGAAUCGACAAAGUACAACAGAUGCAUGGACAAAAAAUUGGCCCUGACAUGGUGUCACAAGAGACGUCUGCUACUGUGAUGAUCAGCCCAACACAACCUGCCAUGGCUGCACUCUCAUCUCCUGCAGUGCCCUUCAUAUCACCAGAAGAUGACAUGAGUUCCUCUGCAGUGGAAGACGUAGAACCUAGAGAGGCAACCAAAGCAGCUGGAGGUAGACAGUCAACUAAGACUAUUGCAGCGAGUGGACAUUCAGAUCGUACGAGUUUAUGUUUUACGAGUGAAGAAAACCUGGAUGUACAAAGAUUUAGCAUGGAACCAGAUGAGAGGCAUCAGCAAAAGACAACACUGAAGGAUGAGGAGAUUAAAAAGCCAAAGGAGCAGCAGAAGAUGGCAAAGGAUAUGCAUGACUUUAAGAGAGAACAGGAAGAGGAGAAGACCAAGCGACUCCUGGAAGAGAGAAACCGUGAGAAGGUGUUGGAUAAAGUUGCCAGGGAGAGGGUCAAACAACAAAUUGCUAUGGAUCGAGUGGAUAGAGCAGCCAGUUAUUCCAAAUCCUUGGAGGAGAAGGCUCAGCAAGUAAAACUGCAGGCAGAGCUGGAAGCAAUAAAGGGUACCUUUGCGAGGCCAAGGAGUAACAUCACAAGGCUCCAGUUUCGCCUCCCAGAUGGCUCAACCUUCACUAACCAGUUCUCCUCACAUAGCAGACUUCAGGAAGCUCAACAUUUUGUUAUACAGGAAAUUGGAAGCCGCUAUGGCAACCUUUCAAUGGCCACCAUGUUCCCGAGAAGGGAAUUCACCAGUGAAGACCUUAAUAAGACUUUAUUGGAACUGCAACUUGCUCCAAGUUCAUCCAUUGUACUUCUGCCUUGUGGCACGCCUGCUUCUACAGUUGUCCCGUCCACUAGGGGUGGUACAUGGGCUGUCCUGAGCACACUGUUGUACCCUGUUCUCACUAUUUGGCGAUUCCUCUGCUCUUUCAUGUUUCCGAGCCCACCACAAGAAACAUCAAGAAGCUCUCUUCCCUUGUCUCAGUCUUGCACCAACUCAGCAACACGCUCUGAUAAACCAAACAGAGAAUCGCUUUCCAGGCCUUUCGAGAAUCGUCCCAAGAACUUCAAGAAAGAUGGUAAAAUCUGCCAGCUCAGGUCUCAAGAGGACAGUGAGGAUGACAACAGCACCUGGAAUGGGAACUCAACACAGCAAAUGUAGCUCUUUAAAAGUAGCUUUUUUUUCUCAUCUGCUCCCAUCCUAAAAUCGCCACCACUAUCACCCCAUCUCGGUUGAACAAUAACAACAAUAAUAUUAAUAAUGCAGUCAUUCUAGAUAUUGUUUUGUAUCUUGUUAGGUUCACUUGCGUGGCAAAAUCUCAGUUAAAUGAUGUACUUGGAACCUAACUUUUAUUUUUCACAUUAGAUCAAAAAAGAGACAUUUUUCACUUGCUCAAACUUGCAUUUGUUGCUAACAUAGUGAUAUUUUGCAACCAAUUGUAUGUUUCUAUGAAAUUGUCCAUGAAGACUGUGCUUCAUCCAACACUGGGGGAAAAAAAUGCCAAAACUACA